UACUGGAAACACAUACUGUAUUUGCCAGUUUGUCAGUGAAAGUGGUUGAACCAUCUCAUUGGUCCAGGCAGCAACGGAAUAGUUAACAUCCCGGGGAGUUUCCUCGGCUGGGAAGUUGUACUUUAUGUAUAGCACCUGUUGCGCCGUCAGUUGGCAGUCUCCAAAAACCCAACCCCGGCCACGCAGCGAUAUUUUAUGUCAGUCUCCACCAAGUUAUGACUCAAGACCUCGCCAGACAACAGAACUUGUCUUGGUGUUGCGAAUGGUUUCUCGGUACAGACUGUAUCAGGUUGCUGGACUGUCUCGCUGUCUGUGUGUGUGAGAGCUUUUGCUGUAAUGCGUAAAGAUCUGCGAGGAUUUAUUCACACUGAGUCAAGAACGCACCGUGGACGCGCGCUUUAGCCAAAAUGCAUCUGUGCAUUUCUAGUGAUCUCGAACCAUAGAUGAUAUGCCUGCAUUAGGACGCUUUCACAAGUAAUUCCAGGAUUAUUUUUUACCGAAGCCAAACUUUCUGCAACUCAGUAUUCAACUUUUCUCAGAACCAACAGGUGCGCACUUGCAUUGCGCAGCAGCGGCAGAUGUGGAAAAGGUCUGGAAAGGAUUUGCCUUGAUUUAGGGAGAUAUAAAUUUCACUUUCUCCAGAGGGACUGAUGAUUAAGAUUAUGUGGAUUCUACUCUGCUUUUAUCCUCUCCAAAUGUGUCCAAAACAGCACUGGUGUCCUGUAAACGACGCAUGUGUGUGGUGAUACAAACCAUCCCGUCUACAGCGCUUUGUGAUCGCCAUCCACCACUCAUCCAAAUGAUCCUUCCAUUAUUAUUCCUUCUUGCAUCGCUUCUCCAACAAUAUGGCUCGGAAGCUGAAUCAAGUCAUGUCAGCAAAUUUCACCUUCCAAGCGUAAAGGAUCAAAACGGAGUGCAAGAAUCCCAACAGGAGAAGAUAAUAACAGUAUCUGGAGAGGGAAUGGUGCACAGCCCAGACUUCCCACAAGCUUAUCCCAGGAAUACCGUGUUGGUCUGGAGACUAGUGGCAUCAAGCAACAUGAAGAUCCAGCUCACCUUUGAUGAGAGGUUUGGUCUAGAGGACCCCGAAGAUGGACUAUGCAAGUAUGAUUUUGUGGAGAUAGAGGAUCCGACUGAAAAGACCAUCCUGGGUCGCUGGUGUGGAUCCCAGUCAGUACCAACUACUCACAUUUCCAAAGGUAGUCAGAUCAGGAUCCGCUUCAUCUCUGAUGAGUACUUCCCCUCUGAGCCAGGAUUCUGCAUCCACUACUCCCUUCUGCCUGUGAGUGUAUCAGAACCCGAAAGUCCUGCAGUGCUUCCUCCAUCCCUACAGGGAAUUGAUGAGUUGUCAGAGGCUGUGGCGGGGCUGAGCACUGUGGAGGAGGUCAUGAAGUACCUGGAGCCGGAGCGAUGGCAGCUGGAUAUGGAGGAGUUGUACAAACCCUCAUGGCAUGUCCUGGGGAAAUCCUUCAUCCAUAAUAAGAAAGUCAGAGGAGGGGCCGAUCUCAAUCAGUUGAGGGAGGAAGUUCGACUGUACAGCUGCACUCCACGCAACUUCUCUGUAUCCCUGCGUGAGGAGCUAAAGAGGACGGACGCCAUUUUCUGGCCCAGCUGCCUCCUGGUGAAGCGCUGUGGUGGAAACUGUGCCUGUUGCUCUCAUCGCUGCUACGACUGCCAGUGUGUUCCUGCCAGGGUCACCAAGAAAUACCAUGAGGUUCUACUGUUGAAACACCGAAGCGGCGGCAGAGGCCUGCAGAAGUCCAUGACUGAUGUUCCCUUGGAGCACCAUGAAGAGUGUGCCUGUGUGUGUAAAGAUGACUGGGACUGACCUCAGACAUGUGUAAUAGCUGCCACUGGAAUCGCACAGGACGUUAGAGAUGAACCUCCGCCACUGUUGCAAUGUUUUGUAUCUCAUCCACUUCCACUGGGAGCUAACAAGAUUCUCUUUUUAUCCUGUUGUCCUUUCGCUAAUUGGAUGAAGUAGAACAGACUGGAAUCUAAUAAAUCUGACUGAAUGGAUCUGACUGCUGUGGAAUACCAAUACUGUGCUCUGAGUGCAUUGUAGGGAAACAAAAAUUCACUGGAGCAGAUCUGGACUAUUACCUAUGUGCUCUGAAGACAAUUUUCUUCAGCCCCUCAGAGAUAAGAACUGUUUUUGGCAUUGAGGCAUUUUUGUCUCUUCUUCUUGAGGUUUUUUUAAAGUUCAGCCAGCGUGGGUUGAUAGUGUCAUGGAAAAUGGGAGCUUCUUUGUUCAAGUACUUUUUUUUUAUGUCUAUAAGUGAGCUGGCUCCAGCCGCCUUGCUCCCUCUGCUCUUCUGUUAUUACCAUCAAGGCAAAGAAAGGUGCUUUUUCAUGAGCAGUUUUUCUUUGCUCCCCUCUUGUUUUACCACAAAUUUAAUCUGUGGUGAAACACAGCCACAGCAUCGCUGAAACACCUCGCUUAUGAGACUGUAUCAUGUGUAAAUAUUUCAUUUACAUUUCUUUUCUGUACUAUCGUGCCUUUUCUACCAAAGAGUCUCAAGCAGAAGUUGAAAGUUGCACAUGUAGAACCUGUUGGGUGUUUUUCAUCACAGCUCUGCAUUAGACCCAUCUCAGCAAUGCUUGCGUCAAAUCUGCUUGCUUUCAGGAAUGCCUAGCGUCAAGCAGUUCUUGCUACAUUUGAGAUUGUUCAUAUUAAAUAUUUAUUUGUUUAUUGAAAGGGAAAUUUAGGUCCAAAAUGUUGUUUGCUUCAUGUGUCACUGUACAGUAAUAUUAGCCUCAGUUUUUAUUGUUAGUAAUUUUACAUUUUCAGUGUGUCAUGGAUGUUUUUCAUUUUCUGUAUGCCAAAGUUAUUUAUCUCU